AUGGUCUCUGGUGGUAGAGCAUCUCUGGUUGGAAUCGGCGGGUCAGUUGUUGGAGGUGGUUACUCAUGGUUUACGCCCCAGAAAGGUUUUGUGGCGGAUACUGUUAAUAGCUUCGAGCUUGUGGUUGGUAAUGGUUCGGUUAUCAACGUGAAUGCCACUUCGAAUUCAGAUCUUUUUGUCGGAUUGAAAGGAGGAGCACAGCGAAUGCCCAAACCAAAUUUUUUUACCAAUUUCACCAAUCAUAUAUUGGAUGAUCAAAAGUUCACCGAUGCAGCUUAUGCUACGGUUGAUGAGAUCAAUGCGGUGGCGGGGAAUCUUGGAGUUACAAAUCCUUUCAUCUAUCUAAAUUAUGCAGGACAAAGGCAAAAUCCAUUGGCGGGAUAUGGUGAGGGGAAUAUUGAGAAGAUGAGAGCCCUGAGUAGGAAGUAUGAUCGUCAAGGGACUUUCCAAAAAUUGGUUAAAGGGGGAUUUAAGAUUUCGGGUAUGGAAAUUGUUAUGGACUAG